AUGUCCGACUUCCACAACCGGAGCCAAACCAGCGCACGUCGCAGUGACUACGUGUGGCAGUACGAAUAUUAUGACGACGAGGAGCCAGUGUCUUUUGAGGGUCUCAAAGCGCACAGAUACUCCAUCGUCAUCGGCUUCUGGGUUGGACUUGCUGUGUUUGUCAUUUUCAUGUUCUUUGUUCUUACGCUGCUCACAAAGACAGGAGCGCCGCAUCAAGAAAACCCAGACUCUGCUGAAAAGCGCCAUCGACCGGGGAGCUGUCUGGUAGACAUUGAUGGUGCCCAGGAUGAAAAUGACAAAGCCUUCUCUCGUCCGUUACUAGCAGAGUCCCGCUCAUAUUUCCAUUUCUACAUCAAUGAGGAGGACCAGGGUCAGGGAAAGCAAAAACCAGAAGACAAGCUAACUGGAAAGAAUGCCGGGGCCCGAGCCCAACAGGGGACCUGCAACCGACCUAGAGGUAUCAGUUCCUCUGGGAUGGACGAGAUGGAUGAGGAUGUCGAGGAAGCUGGUGGACACCAACCUCUUAAGGGACUAAUAGAGGAGAGUAAGACAGACAGAGAAUGUGCCUUCUUUUCCCAUUUCAACAUCCCUAACUUUGUGAACUUGGAGCAUAGUUCAACACUCGGAGAGGAUGAUCUACUGUAUGAGCCAUCCGUCGUACUGGAGCGCCAGUCUCGCUCUCAGGAUGCUCACAGUGACAUCCACUAAGGCUGUUUCUACAAAGAGAUCACAGGC